AAAGUUUUGGGAGAAAGUGAAAGAGAAAGGGAAAGCGCUGCGAUUCGAAUUUCAAACUUGCAAGAAAGAGAAUCCAUUUAGUCCCCAUUCCAUUCCAUUCCAUUCAAACCGACUUUCCCCUCUUUUUCCUCCCAGAAAAAGGAGCUGUUUGGGUAUUCCCUUUUGCUCUGAAAUCUGAAUUCCAAUCUGCUCUGUCGCCAGUAGAGAGCAGAAAUGGGCAACCAGGGAAUGGAAAAUGAGGCCAAUCCCAUUGCAGCAGAAAUCAGAGGAGUUCCCAUUUUCGGUGGCAAAUAUACUCAGUAUAAUGUGCUCGGAAACCUCUUCCAUGUCCCCGCCAAGUAUAUCCCUCCUAUUCAGCCCGUCGGCCGUGGUGCUUACGGCAUGGUUUGCUGUGCCAGAAACGCUGUAACCAAGGAAGAGGUUGCGAUCAAGAAAAUUGGGAAUGCAUUCGACAAUAGGAUUGAUGCCAAAAGAACUCUUCGCGAGAUCAAGCUUCUUUCUCACAUGGAUCAUGAGAAUAUCAUCAAAAUCAAGGAUAUAAUACGGCCACCCGAGAGAGAGACGUUCAAUGAUGUUUAUAUUGUCUAUGAGCUAAUGGAUACUGAUUUGCACCAAAUAAUACGCUCUUCCCAGACACUCACGGAAGAUCAUUGUCAAUAUUUUCUGUAUCAGUUAUUGAGGGGACUAAAGUACAUUCACUCUGCUAAUGUUCUGCACCGGGAUCUGAAACCAAGCAACUUGCUACUUGAUGCAAAUUGUGACCUCAAAAUCUGUGAUUUUGGACUUGCGAGAACCACCUCAGAGACAGAUUUUAUGACAGAGUAUGUUGUCACUAGGUGGUACAGGGCUCCUGAGUUGUUACUCAACUGUUCAGAAUAUACUGCAGCAAUUGAUAUAUGGUCUGUUGGCUGCAUUUUGAUGGAAAUCAUUAAAAAAGAACCUCUCUUUCCAGGCAGAGACUAUGUUCAGCAAUUAGCCCUUAUAACUGAGCUAUUAGGUACCCCAGAAGACUCCGAUCUCGGAUUCCUUAGGAGUGACAAUGCUCGGAGAUAUGUCAAGCAGCUUCCUCAUGUUCCAAAACAACCAUUUUCCCAGAAGUUCCCAGAUGUGUCUUCCUUAGCCAUUGAUCUCGCAGAGCAGAUGCUGGUAUUUGAUCCAGCUAAACGCAUUACUGUUGAGGACGCCCUGAACCAUCCAUUUUUAUCAAGUCUGCAUGAAAUCAACGAGGAGCCCACCUCCCCUUCUCCUUUUGUCUUUGAUUUUGAACAAGCAUCCCUAGAUGAGGAAGAUAUAAAAGAACUCAUAUGGAGGGAAGCUUUGAAUUUCAACCCAGAAUAAAGGAGUUGAUAUCAUCACCCUUUUCCAACCUCUCUCUCUCUCUCUUGGCUUGUUUCAUCACUACUUGUGUGAUUUUAGUUUAAAAGUUGACCCAAUUUGUGUAAUAUUUGUCCAGUUGUUUCUUAUGGAUGUAAGAUUUUUCUUUCCCUUGUCUCUUAUUGGGUCUUUGUGAAGUUGAAUGCAAGGGGAAUUGAUGGAUUCAUGUUUGUAUCCAAGAAUCCUGUCCCUUGAAAGUUUUGAAGAAAGGAUAUGCUGAUUCUGUUCUGCAUACCAUGAAAGCUAUUUGUAUACCUAAACAUAAAAGCUAUUCUGAAUGCAAUAUGAUAUACUGAUAUUUCUAUAUUGAAACAGAGUGAUAA